AUGGCCGCCACUCUGUCGCCCCAGGUCGCGUGGGACCUGUUCCCGUCGUCGUUGCGGCGCAUUUCCAUCACCGACGAGCUGCUUGCAGAACUGGUCCAACCACGUCCUCUAACUCCUGAACCCAGUCGCGCCCCGCCCGUUCCCGAGGUUGCCCACACCGACGAAUCCACCCACUCGCUGAUCGAUGUCGACUCCCCGCACAUCUCGUCCGUCCCCUCCGACUUCGAGUCGCAGACCAUAAAGACCGAGACCCAGGCCGACCGCAUCGAGCGCGAGAUCGACCAGCUGCAGCGCCAGGCGGCCGAGAAGCUCAAGAAGGACAGGGCCAAGGCUAAGGGGCGUCGCGCCGGGCAGAGCAUCCGCGACAACGCCGCCAACCCGGUCGUUCUUGGCAACGUCGUCACCAUCGGCGCCCUCGGCGCCGUCCUGGGCCUCGGAGCCUACAAGAAGUACAACGCCGGCCAGCUCAACUGGAAGCUGGCGGGCGCUUGGGCCGGUGUUGUGGGUCUCUUCGGCGUUGCCGAUUACUACGUUUCCAAAUAUUUGUUCGAGAAGUUCCCCACGAAGAAAUAG